UCAAAUGAUGUACGACAAAAUAAAUUGUAAAGAGUGACUGCUUGGAGUUGGGAACCAGAAGGUCUUUUUUUUUUUUUUGGAAGGAGCGAUCAAACCUUUAAAAAGGAAGGACAAUUGAUUUUUGGGGGGGAGCUUAAGUGAACCUUUACUUUGGCAGCUGGUUGUGGAGCAGGUCGAAGGAGGUUUUCCAGUCAGGUGUAUUGAGGCUGCUCGCCAUGUCAAGGUCCGGGGACAGGACGUCUACUUUCGACCCCAGUCAUAGCGACAAUCUGCUGCACGGCCUCAACCUGCUGUGGAGGAAGCAGCUCUUCUGCGACGUGACCCUGACGGCCCAAGGCCAGCAGUUCCAUUGCCACAAGGCCGUGCUGGCCUCGUGCUCGCAGUACUUCCGAUCGCUCUUCUCCAACACGGCCGGCGGCGGCGGUGGCAGCGGGCACCAUCACCACCACCACACCCUGGGCGCCCCGGACGGCCUGCCCCCCAAAGAGCAGCCGCCGCCGCCGCAGCAGGAGGAGCCCGGCACGCCCUCCUCCUCCCCGGAGGACAAGCUGCUGGCCAGCCCCAGGGCCAUCAACAACUUGGUGCUUCAGGGCUGCUCGUCCAUCGGGCUGCGUCUUGUGCUCGAGUACCUGUACACAGCCAACGUGACCCUGUCCCUGGACACGGUGGAGGAGGUGCUAUCGGUCAGCAAGAUCCUGCACAUCCCGCAGGUCACCAAGCUGUGCGUGCAGUUCCUCAACGAUCAGAUCUCGGUGCAGAACUACAAGCAAGUGUGCAAGAUCGCCGCCUUGCAUGGCCUCGAGGAGACCAAGAAACUGGCCAACAAGUACCUGGUGGAGGACGUGCUGCUGCUCAACUUCGAGGAGAUGCGCGCCCUUCUCGACUCGCUACCACCCCCGGUGGAGUCGGAGUUGGCGCUCUUCCAGAUGUCCGUGCUGUGGCUGGAGCACGACCGCGAGACCCGCAUGCAGUAUGCCCCGGACCUCAUGAAGCGCCUCCGCUUCGCUCUCAUUCCGGCUCCGGAGCUCGUCGAGCGGGUCCAGUCGGUGGAUUUCAUGCGUACCGACCCGGUCUGCCAGAAGCUGCUGCUGGACGCCAUGAACUACCACCUGAUGCCCUUCAGGCAGCACUGCAGGCAGAGCCUGGCCAGCAGAAUUCGCUCUAACAAGAAAAUGCUUUUGUUGGUUGGAGGACUGCCUCCUGGACCUGACCGGCUACCCAGCAAUUUGGUUCAGUAUUACGAUGAUGAAAAGAAGACAUGGAAAAUACUGACAAUUAUGCCGUACAAUAGUGCCCACCAUUGUGUUGUGGAAGUAGAAAAUUUCUUAUUCGUACUGGGAGGAGAAGACCAGUGGAAUCCUAAUGGAAAGCACAGUACGAACUUUGUCAGCCGGUAUGAUCCUAGGUUUAACAGCUGGAUACAACUUCCACCCAUGCAAGAGAGGAGAGCCAGUUUUUAUGCCUGUCGACUUGACAAAAACUUGUAUGUGAUUGGUGGAAGAAAUGAAACUGGGUACUUGUCUAGUGUGGAGUGCUAUAAUUUAGAAACGAACGAAUGGCGUUAUGUAUCUUCCUUACCACAGCCCUUAGCAGCACAUGCAGGAGCUGUACAUAAUGGCAAAAUCUAUAUUUCAGGAGGAGUUCACAAUGGUGAAUAUGUCCCUUGGCUGUACUGCUAUGAUCCUGUUAUGGAUGUCUGGGCAAGAAAACAAGACAUGAACACAAAGAGAGCCAUCCAUACACUGGCUGUAAUGAAUGAUCGACUGUAUGCAAUUGGAGGAAAUCAUUUAAAAGGUUUUUCCCACCUUGAUGUCAUGCUUGUGGAAUGCUAUGACCCAAAAGGCGACCAAUGGAAUAUUUUGCAGACUCCCAUUUUGGAAGGUCGAAGUGGUCCUGGAUGUGCAGUUCUUGAUGACAGCAUUUACCUUGUAGGAGGCUAUAGCUGGAGCAUGGGAGCCUACAAAUCUUCCACUAUUUGUUACAGUCCUGAGAAAGGAACCUGGAUGGAGCUUGAAGGAGAUGUAGCUGAGCCACUUGCAGGACCUGCUUGUUCCACUGUCAUACUACCAGCAUGUGUGCCAUACAACAAAUAACAUUCUGGAGAUACUAAAAUGGACACUGUUAAAUUCUGAACAGUAAUGAGGAGUAGCAUAAAUAUUUUAAAAGAACAGAGUUUCUGAUACCACAUAUCACAAGACUUAACCCCCCAACAUUCCCAUUUAUGAUUUCAAAAGGACUUAGCAUCGUUUCCACCGCAGAUAGAGACUGGUAUCUUGUCAGACAACUAGCUUAAGCGCAUGGAACAUUGCACAUGUUGACAGCCACUCAAGAUUGAUCUUGACUUUUUUCCCUGCUAAAGACCUUUAUAUUGAUUCUAAAUUAAAAGGAAAAAAAAUGCUAAACAUCCAAAUAGCCACCUGAACUGAACGAAACUAUUAUUGUGCAUUGUAUUUUACCUGCAUGGGAUCUGUACUGAAGUCAUGAUGUUGUUUUUCACAUAAGUAAUUCAGAUCUGAGGUACUGAAAAGCACUGAAAAGGAGAAUUGUCUCCUCCAUUUGAAUCCUAAACUAUAGUUGUUUCACAUGUUCUGCAAGCAAUACAACAUCAGAAGGAUGAUCAUAAGAGGUAAAGGCAUAAUCAUGCUGCUGCUGUUUUGAACAACAUUCUCUGUCUUGCACCCUGCUCUCAAAGAUUUGUGUAUUAGAAACAGUUUCAGGCAAAGAUCUUUGGAGUGUGCAGCAUAUAAAUAUAAAUAUAUUAAAUAAAUCCCCAUGACUAAGUAUAGAUAAAAAAGCCAAAAGCUGUCAGAGUUACUAUCACAAUUAAGGUUUUUAGAUUAGUGCAAAUAAAAACAGGAAUUGGCACCAAAGUUAAUUCAGAACAAUUACUUUUGAAGUCCAUAGAUUCUGAUUUUAUUCCUGCAUAGAAUGGAAGACAUUUUGGCUUGAACAAAUAAUUUUUUUUCCUUAAAAGAUUCAGAUUAUUUGUGUAAUAAAUUCAUAAAUAUCAACUGUUUGUUAUCAGGAGUUUAAAUCAUUUUGACUGAUCAGUUAGAUGCAUAUUUCAGUCAGAUACAUUUAUCUCUAAAAGCAAGAGGACAGAUUUCAAGGUAACUGGCACAUAUAUGAUUUGUAUCGUGGGAUAUGCAGAGACCCUUGUCAAGGUAUUGUAAUCCUCUUCUCUGGUUUUCUUUAACAUUUUAUUAAUAUGUUAAAUGCUUUGUGCUUUUAAGAGAUAUACUGGCAUGAUACAUGCAGUAGUGCAUAACAAUCUCAGCAGAUUUCUUCCUAUUUAAAAAAAAAGCUAGCCAUGCCUAAAUGUAGCCUCAAUGUAGCUUUCUGUCCAAACCCCAUGUUAACACAAUAUAAAAGUUCAAACACUUCCUCAAACAUUUCUAAUGUCAUCAUAUAUACACUCUGAAAAUCCAAAACUUUUGCUAUGCCUACACUCCUUUUGACAUCCUUGCAGCAGUAAUCUUGUCCCAGCCAUCUUUGGAUAAUCCUUUAGAUAUGUGCAUAGUAAAUAUUGAUCCACAGCCCAAUUAAACUAACUUUAACAGAACUAAAUCCUCUUAAAUCUCUGUAUUUCAGGAUGAAGACAGAUGUAGCAUAACAAUGGCUCACAUGCAUCGUUGAGCCAUAAGGUAAUCUUGGUUUCCUCCUGGCUAAAGGCUCAUUAAUUGCCUUAUUAAUUAAAACAUUUUUUAAAAAAAAUUAAUACCAAAUUGACUUGGAGGUUGUGGAUGGAGAGAUUUCUUGGUGGCAUUUCUUCUUCAGACUUUCCCAGAACUCAAUAAUGGAAAAGAAUACUACAAUUGAACUGAAUGCAGUGAGGAAGCUGUUCUAAAAAUGUUAGAUCUGUGUUCAUCCUCAGCUGAACUGUGUUGUGCAUAGUACUCUAUUUGCUUAGAAAUAAACAAAAGGACAUCAUUUCAACAAAGCUUCUUUAGACAUAGAUGAUUAGUUAUCUUUGUUCUUAUGGACUGGCUUGUUGCAGUAAUGCAAGCAGAAACUUGUACAAAGUUGUACCAGAUCAUCUUUUAAUUGUGCAAAAGUAUUAAUGUCACCUGAAAGGUACAAGGUAGUAUAGAAUCAAACCCACCUUUCCCAAAGCUGUAAAUGCAGAUUUCAUUAAUUAUGAUCCAUAGGGUAAGAAGCAAAAAGACACCAAAUGUUGGCUUCUGCUUCAGUAAAAACAAACAGAGGGCACAUAGCUGGCCAAAGAAAACAAUUGGUAGGAUAUUGUUACAGACUUACAGUUAAUUAGAGUGACAGUGUUCUAAGUCCACUGAAGUUAAUGGACUUAGAAUGGUGUAAUUCUACUUAAGAUGGCACUGUUAGGCUUCUGAAAAAGUGACAGAGAUAAUGGAGAAUUAAGAUUGUAUGUAUGUCCUUUUAUGACAUAAUUAUUUUAUUAAUAUUGUUACCAUUCCUGCCAUUCUGCUUAUGCUGACACCAUUGUUGUUAUUUGCAUAAAACUAUAAGAGAUUCAGUCUCCAUAUGUAGCAAAUGAAUUCUUGAGAGAACUGCUCACUAAAAAGAAUUAGUAUAAUGAAAAUCCUACUAAAGAGUUCCUGAAAUUGAAGUGUUUGUCCUGGACUCUCAACCCAUUUUUUUCUAUGUAGUGCAAUCUUGGUUAGUUUUGUAUCUAUUUGUGUUGUUCAGAUCCAAGGGAUUUCUUGUAAAAUAAUAUUUUGUGCAAUCAUAACUUUUGGGAGUUUUGUUUAGAAAUAUAUAUGUGUAUAUAAAUAUAUGAAAAGGAAUCCUGUUAUUAACAUUAAAUGAGAGAACUUUUAGUGGCAUUCAAAACCAAGAUAAUGUCUGCUAUUGAACAUUGUCUCAUGCUACUGUUAAAAUGCCACUUUAAUGAGAGGGAUUGGUCAUUUAAGUUUUUUAAACAACAACAGUAACAACAAUUUAAAGCAUUUAUGAAGAUUAUAUGUAAAUCUUUCUAACUUUCUGGAAGGCAUGACUAUGGAAACCAUAAAAGUUGCCAAUCAUGUAAAUUAUGUACAGUAUUAGAAUGUGUAAAUGAAGCUUGCUUGUAGGGGGAGGGAACUUUAAAUAAAACCUUAUGUACU